AGUCUAGCAAAAAGCUACGUAGUUGACAGAGAUGGGUAAGGCACUGAGUAAAAACAAGGGAGAGAAAGCAGCUGACGCAGCCCCAGCAGAGGAAACUCCCGAAGCAGAAACCGCAUCAGAGCCCGUUAAACAGGAAUCAGAACCCGCCGAUAAUGCGGGUUCAGAUGCACCCGCGGUAGAGCAGGAAGCAGCAGCCGAAGAAGCACCCGCUGCUGAAGCCGCACCCGCAGAAGAGGCUGCCCCUGCCGCCGCCGAGGAGGCUGCCCCAGCAGCUGCCGAACCUGCUGCUGAAGAAGCUGCUCCAGAACCCACCGCCGAAGAAUCAGCGCCUGCUGCUGAAGAAUCAGCGCCUGCCGCUGAAGAAGCCGCCGCCCCUGCUGAGGAAGCCCCCGCCGCCGAAGAAGCCCCCGCAGCAGCAGAAGAACCCGCCGCCGAAUCAUAGAUCCUCAUUAAAUUUGAUUAUGAUGCUUUUAGGUUAACCCUCCACGGAUCUUCAGUCGAUAUGCUCCUAUGUGGUCCUGGAUUUGCGCCCCUUAUUCUCUCUGGGACGGUCUGACAAGUGGCACCAUCAGUCUGCUGACUUAUCUAACCUCUUAUUUUUCAUCUGAUUUCGCCUGAACUUCGAUUGAAAGUGUCUGAGUUCUUUAAAACUGUCUUAAAAGUAGAAGAAGAUCUAACUUGAUGCUUCCUGGAUCCGGCCUUGCAUGGUUAAUUAGUUAAUUAGCUAAUUAGGAUAUUUUUAUAACACGAUAAGUACAAAAAUUUGAUCUGUUAUUAAGACUGUGUAUAAAUAUUGAGUAAAUGCAAUGUAAAUUAAUUUUCAUAUUAAUGCCUAUGCCUACCUUGAUAGCCUGAAAACAUGAUAUUUUAUCUUAAAACUGUGAUGAUGCAAAACUGGUUUGAUGGUUUUCUUACCCUUUCUUGAUAUUAUCCCAUUCGUGCUAAGGUAGCUUCAAUUUGUCCGGCCUUCAUUAGGUUCGGUGUAAACUUUUGGCUAAAUAGGUUCAAAUUAUGUUAAUUUACGUUUUAGAA